AUGGACGUGGAAAAACUUAUUCAAGAAGUUUAUUUACGAACACCAAUAUGGGAUCAAAAAAUUCCUUCUUACCACAACCGCGAUUUAAUUGCGAAAUUAUGGCAAGAAGUGUCCACAGCAUGUGGAAUUACAGUAGAUGUCGCCAAGCCAAAGUGGAAACAUUUACGGGACAACUUCCGUGCGGAACUAAAAAAAGCUUGGAAGAAGAAGAAAUCUGGGGAUGCGGGAGGCAGUCAGGCAUGCGAAUCAUCGUGGGUAUGGUUUAAGAAUAUGCUCUUUUUAAAAGAUCAAAUGACUGGGAGAAAGAUGCAAAGUAAUCUACCCCUACCCGUCCAGGAAACAGAAUUAUUUGAUGAUCAAGAAUCGCAAGAAAAUACGGAUGUUAAUCCUGAAAAAGAAGAAAAUCGAGAACAGGAGCAGGUUGCAGAUACGCACAAUGAAGACGAAAUGCCAGGCACAAGCAAAUCCAUAUCUGAUAAAAAAACAAAACGAGCUCGUAAUACUUCAUUAAAUAGUGCUCUUCUGGACCUCGAAAAAAAGAAAAUUAAGCUGAUAGAAAGUCAUCUGCAAAAUUCACAAACAUCCUUUCCCCAAGAUGAUUGUCAUCAAUUUUUAAUGAGUCUGCAUAAACCGCUAAUCAGUUUACCCAUUGACCGUCAAAUGUACGUUAGAUUCAAAUUCCAAGAGCUAAUUUUUCAGGAAACGAAUAACGCAGUAAAUUGUCAAUAUUUGGAUAAUAGGUCUAUUCAGCAUUCACAACAUAGCAGUAGAAGUAGAAUGUCGACGUCUUCUCCUGCUGAAUACAGUGACUCACAGUCUCGUACGUCAUUCACGCCUAUUCAUCACACAGAACAUAUCAAUCCAUUGUCACCGCCGACAUCUUCUGUUUAG